UCUAUGACCUCAGUUUAGAGAAGAACCGGUGCCUAAAGCUACCCCCAAUAAGCCAGCUCUUUUGGCUGACAACUUUAAGAAAACGUGUCACUACCUCGGUUUCAUGCAGAACCGAGGCAUAACACCACUGCACCGUAUCACUUUUUGGCUGCACCGUAUCACCUUUUGGCUGGCAAGCGUCUUGAACACGAAAAGGCACUGCCACGUCCACUUUUUGAAGCUUCUAUUCGAUUUGUCCAAGAGAUACAACCUCGUUUCAUAUUACCCGAGAUUUUUCAUUUUAAGCAUCGGUUUCCUUCAGAGACGAUGCCGUAGGGCUCUACUGCUUUGGGUUUCACUCACAAUCGAGCUUCCUUGUGUUCACUGCUUCGUCUUUGCUACCACCGCCGUUGUUCUCCCAAGGGUUGCCUCCAUCAGCGCGCCGCCGCGAGUCCUUCAUCGUUGCCGCUUCGCUGUGGUUUGGUCAGGUGCUGCCAUUGUCCCUGCCAUUCUCACCUUCGUAGCGGUUGCUGCCGCCCCCACUGUCAUCGCCCUUGGUGCUGCUAAGUUAUUCAUCUUUUGAAGAUAUAUAUGAUUUGAGAUUCUCUCAACUGGUUUAUGCAGUACGUAAUUAUGUGACGUGAUUGUUGUUUCUACUAUUAUUUUCCCUGUAGUGAAUCAUGUAUUAAAAUCAGGAUUAAAUUACCAAGUUGGUCUGUGAAAAAUUUCAAAUAAAUUAUUGAAACUUUUAAUCGAAUUCCUAAAUCAGGAAAGUAAGUUUUUAAUAAGACGCAACAAAGUAUAGCCGGCCAAAACUUUUCUGCACAAGCUGCAAAUACAUUAAGAAAGCAAUUAUGUAGAGUUUUUCAUCAACAACUUAUAGCAAGAAAACAACCAAUUAAAAAUAAAGACAACUAUGUCUUGAUAAAUGCUGAACGUUUUUUAAUGAAGGUUUAAGACUUUGAAAAGCAAGUUAUUGCUUUUACAGUUACAUUUAUAAACGAGGAAGGACCUACACCUAUGCC